AUGACCCUUUCUGGUUCCGUCAGCGUCUGGAUCGCCGGCCUGCAGUCGGGAGACCUUAGCGCCUUUGAGUCGCUCUGGCUUCGUUACGCCGACGCGCUCUCCGCCGAGGUAGAGCGGCGGCUGCCAGACAGGGCAGGCGUGUACGACGGCGACGACGUGGCCCAGAGCGUCUUCACGGCAAUCUGGGCGGCGGCCGAAUCGGGCCGGCUGAAGGACGUUCGCAGCCGUGACCAGCUAUGGUGGUUCCUCACUGCGGUUGCCAAGCGGAAAUUCAUCGAUCGGUUGCGGCGAGAGACGGCCCAGAAACGCGGCGGCGGCCGGGUGAAUGGUGAGUCGGCGCUUGCCCGUAUCGACGGGAGCGGCUUCCGGAUCGAUCAGCUGAUCGGUGAUGUCCCCAGUCCCGAUCUGCUUGCCGAGAUGCAGGAGGAAUACGCCGCGCUGAUGGCGACCUUGGCCGACCCGGUGCUCGUGAAGAUCGCCCACUCCCGACUGGUGGGUUACGAUGUGCAGGAGAUUGGCGAGCGCUUAGGAGUCAGCAAACGAACCGUGGAACGCAAGCUCCGUCUUAUCCGGGGCCGGUGGUCCAGCUAUCUCGACGCCUACGACCAUGCGCUUUGCGACGAGGGGGAGACGCGGUUGAAGCAAGGCGCUCCGUUCGAACUCGUCGAACUUGUGCGGCGAUGCCCAACGCGGCUGCAGGAUCGGCUGGCGCCCGAACUGCUCUUUUUGGAGAUCGAUUACGCCCGUCGCUCUGGCGGGUGUCCCCGGCGUGAGGAGUUUCUCACUCGCUAUCCGGGUUACGGCCGGCACGUUGAAGCGGCAUUUUGCACUCUGGACCCGGACGAGGGAGGAAUCGAGGAAGCGCGAAGGCGUUUCGCAGCCCUUCAGCCUGGCGCCACGUUGUCGCACUAUCAGAUCGAGCAGCGUAUCGGACAGGGGGCCGCGGCCGAAGUAUGGAAGGCCAGCGACACCAUGACUGGGAGGCGUGUCGCACUCAAGAUUCCACGUUGGGCCGAUCACUCGAUCGAUCAACGGCUGCGGUUCCUGCGCGAAGGCCGCGUCCUUUCUCGGCUCGAUCAUCCCGGGAUCGUAGGGCUCUACGAGAUGGGACACGACGGCGUGCUACCGUACCUAGCCAUCGAGUAUGUCGAUGGGGGCGCGCUGCGGGACGCGCUGCGAGCGGGACCGCUGCCGCCAACCCGGGCGGCGGAGCUUUGCCGAUCACUGGCCGAGGCGCUCGACCAUGCUCAUCAGAAGGGCGUGCUGCACCGCGAUAUCAAGCCGGGCAAUAUCCUGCUGCGUUAUGACGGCGAGCCCGUCCUGACGGAUCUCGGAUUGGCGAAGGAUGGCGCCGAAAGCGGCGACCUCACCGAGCACGGCGACAUUCUUGGCACGAUCGCCUACAUGGCGCCCGAGCAA